UAUUGGUCGGUUUUGGUCCUGAUCACUGCGAAUGAUUUGAUCUUGGCUUAUAGGGGUUGAUUUCUUCCGGGCACCAUGCAUUCAUACAUCCGUCCUCAUCAGCACGUUGCUUUGCGACUCCCCUCCGAUUUGACGAAAAUCGUGAAGGUCGUGCCCAAUACGUUAAUAUUCCUGGGCAAAUAUGGCAGCUUUCCUUCCAACCAAAUCAUCGGACGGCCCUUCUACCUGACCUUCGAGAUCCUGAGCGCUCCGGGCGACGGCGAGGGCAGCAGUCUGCGCAUAAUCCCGGCUGCCGAGAUCCAUGCGGAAUCACUGAUCACCGAAGGCGAAGGGGAUGCAGAGGCAGAUGGCGACGGCGGCGACGAGGCUGAAAUGAACAUGGACGAGAUCCCCGUGCGCACGAACCGCGAGACCCUGGACGACAACUCGGCGCAGCGAAUGACGCUGGAGGAAAUCGAGGCGUUGAAGAAAGAGUCCGGUGGCGCGGGGCGGGAGAUUAUCGCGAAGCUCUUGGAAUCGCAUUCCGCGCUGGACCAGAAAACCGCUUUCUCGCUGGCCAAAUAUACCCUGCGCAAGCGGAAGAAGUACAUGAAGCGUUUCACGGUCCUUCCGUUGGAUGUCAGCCUUCUGACAAACUAUAUGCUGUAUGAGAAGGAUGCCACGAAAACAUUGGAGCUGCGCGACGAACUGCUGGGUCUGCUGGGAUGCUGGGGAAACGUACAUUACGGAUCGGAUUCUUCUCUAGAUGCGACUCUCGCCCCCACAAAACCCAACGGCCGCUACCUCGUCAUUGAUGAUACGGGUGGAUUGGUGGUUGCUGCCAUGGCCGAGCGAAUGGGUAUUCUCUACCCACACGAUGGAGAAGAUGAAGAGGAGCAGGCGUCCGCGAAUGAGCCACUUCGGCCUAAGACACAGGAGGAUGCUGAGGCCAACGAAGCCCAGUCUACUGCGAACACCGCUUCUCCCCAGCGCCCGAAUCGCCGGUCUCAUAUGUCUGCACGGGACAACACGAUUACUCUUGUACAUGCCAACAUGCAAGCUAAUCUAUCUCUUCUGAAACAUUUUGGAUACGAGCAAGACAACCCCGACCCGACACACCCUCUUUUUGCGCACCUGAAAACCGUGUCUUGGAUGCAACUAUUGGACCCUAACGCGGACAGCCUAUAUUCCCAAGAACCCCCCGUCGUUCCAGACUCCGAAUUAGCCACCCUCAAGCCUAACAAACGCAAUACCUACUAUCGCAAGCGAAAUCGCUGGAUGCGAGUGCGGAGCGUCGUGGACGAGGUUCGGGAGGGUGGAUACGACGGACUUGUGGUUGCCAGUCUCACCGAUCCCGACAGCUUGUUGAAACACGCUGUUCCUCUAUUGGCCGGCUCGGCCCAGGUAUCGGUCUACUCUCCUACAAUCGAGCCUCUCACCAACCUAAUGGACCUCUACUCCACUCCGAGGAAGACUGCCUUCCUCAACAAAAAGCAGGAUCUGAAGCAACAGCAGUCUUCCGACCAGACCCAAACCAACGAGUUCCAAGAGCUCAUUGAAGAAUUCUUCCUCGAUCCCUCACUUCUACUGACGCCGACACUUGAGACAUCCCGGGUACGCCACUGGCAGGUCCUACCGGGCCGCACGCAUCCUCUAAUGUCCGGACGGGGCGGUGCCGAGGGCUAUGUAUUCCAUGCGGUGCGAGUAAUUCCCACUCAGACGGCCGUCCAUGCGGCUGGAAACUCAGGUCGGAAGAAGAGGAAAAUCACGGCGCCGGAAACGCCUACCGCUACGGCCGACAGCGCCAGUGGGAUGGAUGUUGAUACGAAAUGACCUGGACUCUUUGGGAACUUUCUUGCAUACUUUGGUUGUAGAUUAGAG